GAGAACAUACACUUAGUAUACUGAACAUAGUGUACUAUGUAAACCGAUGUCCCACAUUUAAACAUCAUCCCAUAGACAGUUUUUUAUACACCAACUUCUCACAAUAUUUCUUCUUCUUUGAUUACAACACCCUGGCAGGUGUAUUGGGAAAAGUUGUUAAUUUAUUAUCAACAUUUGCCUGGAAUUUCAAUGAUAUUUUUUUAAUGUGCGUUUGUGUGGCUUUAUCAUCAAAAUUUCGUCAACUUAACGUUUAUAUGGCAUCAUUUUUAAAAAAGCCCACCACCGCAGAAUUUUGGAUGGAACGACGUAAAAACUAUCGCAUGUUGUGUAGGUUGAGUGAAUCGGUGGAUAAUACAAUUGCGCUCAUUACCAUGUUGUGUCUGUCUAAUAAUCUGUAUUUUAUUUGUAAUAAAAUUUUAAAAAGUAUACAGAAGAAGCCCUCAUUUACACAUACUUUAUAUUUUUGGUAUUCAUUGAUUUUUCUACUAGGACGCACCUUUAUUUUGGCUUUAUAUGCUGCUGAAAUCAAUGAAGAGUCUAGAAAACCUUUAGUUAUAUUUCGUAAAGUUAAACGUGAAUUUUGGUGUCCUGAG